AUGCGACGGCCAUCUCGUUCCAUUUGGGAGUCGGCCAGUCGACCCUUGUUCGUGCGCUCCGUCUGGCUGGAGAGGAUCGGGGAUACUGGGCGCAGCCACCGACGCCACUUUAUACUCGACUAUGAGCCGCACGAGCGUCAGCGGUGGAUUCAGUGCCAACGACAAAACGCCAAGCGAGCUGGUAAUUAUGAAAGCGAAUCGAACGAGCUUAACGGAAAGUCAACGGCAACAGAGAAUUACGCUGAUUAUAGCUUGAAUGAGUAUCUGCUAUUGGACGCGACCAAGCUUACGCUGCAGCACCAACAGCAAGUUUGCCAGACCCAAGGCGUAAUGUCCAACAAAGUCCAAGCUGCCUUCACCGUGCUGCACAGCAGGCGUCAUUCGAAGCGACGUGCCUGGCUGCUGAGCAGCGAUAAGGGUUACCAGCUGGACCACCUUGCGGAUCAUCAGCCGCAUUCACGGCGUAGUUCGCUUCAGGAUUCACUGGUCACGAGUACAGUCAAUCCGGAGGAGCGUCUUGCGGAACGUGUGAUCAAUUGGCUGGACUUGGCAGGUCGUGCGGAUAUUGUCAAAGCAUCGACACCAGUGCCAGUCAGUAGCAGCAGCGCAAUGCUAUCGAGGAGCCAUCGAAUCAGUCGGCAUAACCAACGUGGCAUGGCCCUAAAACGUAGUGCUACGGGAACACUUGCACCGCGUGAAGCGCCUAGGAAGCCCGCGACAAAGCAAGCGGUAAUGAAUUACUGCGCCAACUCAUCCAAUGCCAAGCCGAUAACCAUCAUUUUUAACAAGGAGGGAGUGCCCGUCCGCCUCAAUCGUCCGCCGCGCAACAUUGAUCUUUGUGCGCUAAGCAACAGCGCCAGCACGACGCGUCGCAUGGCCGGACAGUUGGCAUCGGCCAGGUUAUAUCAUGGCACUGCUGCAGCACCCACGGCGAAAGACGCACGUACUCCGCCGCACAGCAGUCGCGGAUUGAACGCAACCCAACAGGACAGUCGUAAGCAGCUGCAUAUCUUCAUGCCAAGUCUGCCCAAGAAGGGCCUGCUCCUGGCAGCAUCGAGUAACGAGGAUGCGCUAAGCGCUAGUUUUAGUGAAUUAUAUUUUUAA